AUGGUGGCGACGCGCACCUGUCGCCUUGCCUUGGUGAGUGCAUCCACACCCCUCGCUGCACCCAUCUCCUCCCUCACACCCAUUUCCUCCCCCACACCCAUCUCCUCCCUCACACCCAUUUCCUCCCUCACACCCAUUUCCUCCCUCACACCCAUUUCCUCCCCCACACCCAUUUCCUCCCUCACACCAUUUCCUCCCUCCCUCACACAGUUUCCUCCUUCCCUCACACCCAUUUCCUCCCUCGCACCCAUUUCCUCCCUCACACCCAUUUCCUCCCUCGCACCCAUUUCCUCCCUCACACCCAUUUCCUCCCCCACACCCAUUUCCUCCCUCACACCAUUUCCUCCCUCCCUCACACCAUUUCCUCCCUCCCUCACACCCAUCUCCUCCCUCACACCCAUCUCCCCCCUCACACCCAUCUCCCCCCUCACACCCAUCUCCUCCCUCACACCCAUCUCCCCCCUCACACCCAUCUCCCCCCUCACACCCAUCUCCCCCCUCACACCCAUCUCCCCCCUCACACCCAUUUCCUCCCUCACACCCAUUUCCUCCCUCCCACCCAUUUCCUCCCUCACACCCAUUUCCUCCCUCCCACCCAUUUCCUCCCUCACACCCAUCUCCCCCCUCACACCCAUUUCCUCCCUCACACCCAUCUCCCCCCUCACACCCAUUUCCUCCCUCACACCCAUUUCCUCCCUCACACCCAUUUCCUCCCUCACACCCAUCUCCCCCCUCACACCCGUCUCCCCCCUCACGCCCAUCUCCUCCCUCACACCCAUCUCCUCCCUCACACCCAUCUCCUCCCUCACACCCACGUCCUUCCUCACGUCAACUUUGCCCCCCUCUCCGGCACGCCCACCCGGGAGUGACCCUGCAGACAGCUCAGCGCGCUGCUCAAGUGGGCCUGCUGCGUACCCCAACCACCAGCACCAGCAGCACCAGGUGCGCCCACCACGUGGUGCUCACCCCCGAGCUCAAUGUGCUGCUGAAGUAGGCCUGCUGCUUACCCCCAAGUGGAAGGGGUGCCUGGGGCAGGUGAGGGGGCGGGAGGGAGUGUUGACAGUGAAUAGAGUGCAAGCAAGGGGAGCCAAGUGUGUUGGAAGUUACCCUCCGGUUCUGGUGUUCUGGUGUGCAAGCAAGGGGAGCAAGGGGAAUUCUGCGUUUCGAAUCCUUCAUUACUCCGCAAGGGGAGCCAAGUGUGUAACGCUGGCGCCUAACGUGGAGGAGGUGCCUGGGGCAAUUCAGAUCAUCCUUACAUAUGGGCUGCACACCUAUGGGGCGCACACCUAUGGGGCGCACACCCAUGGGGCGCACAGGCUGCUCAAGUGCCUGCUGGUGGAGGCAGAACGGGGGAGAGGGCCACGGCGCAAGGAGCAGGCGGAGUGGCAGCCUGCAGAGCCGUGUAAGACUCUCCCUCACGCGCACUCUAGUUGGGCGCACAAUGUGUUGAAGAGCGUGUUGGAGGAGACAGAGCAGGAGAGACGGUUGUGGCAGGAGGGGCAGGCUGGGCAGGAGUACUCACUCCCCAGAAGAACAGACAAGGCCUAA